GCUUUACGUUCGACGACGAGCUCGAUGACCUGCUCGUUCUCCUCUUCAAUCAGCUCAACGAAAGGCUUCCAUACGAUAAUCACCACUCAGUACUCUGGAGGUGUUCUUGAUGGCUGCAAGCUCAACUUGGCCUAUACGUUUCCGCCAGAUGUCUUUGUCGACCCUUACGAACUGAGAUAUGACUUCAGUUCCUUUGAACUCGACCCUCUACCCAAUCUAGAACUCCCGGUCAAGGUUGCCGGUCACGGAGACUCUACUCUCUUGCUGCAUCUAGAUACUUCAUCCAAAUUGAAGCAUGAGGAUCGCGUAGCUCCAGUGAAGAUCCCGGUUCAUGCUCGUUACGGUGAACUUGUUGCACCUACAAGUUCACCGUUUCGUUCAAUUCAGCUUAGCGCACCCCGUGGCUAUUGGGUUUGCUCAUCUGAUGCAACCAGUAACGACACUAUCGAUGUAAUUGACUGCACAAGCACGUUAUUCCUCCCUGAUUCACCUAGCAGGGCAAUAGAAAACGUCACGACGCUUCGAGUCCCCGUAGGUAUCGGAUCUGAUCUGGACACAGUGGAAUUCUCUACGACAUUGCUGGUAGUCACCCUGCUGGCGUAUCUCUUAUCCAUUUUUGUCGCAACUACCCGACGAUUAUACUCCCGUGGUGAUGAUGUGAAACGUCAGUGAACGAAGUGUUCCAUUGGAGUUAGUGCUGCUUCAUUGAUACCCAUCCGUCAUACUAGAACAUGCCGCAGUAUACCCUCAGAUGCUUGAUCGUCUUGUUACACUAUCAUUUCGGACAUGGCACAGAGGGCUUAGAGGACUAUGUUUGUUGCUUGGUCUGCGAAUGUUACACCUCUUGGCUUUUUUUGGGCCCAUACAAUAUGUCUCUUGCCAGUCUAUCGAUAUCCCCUAGCAGGUGAUCGGAAGCACGUUCAUUCGUAUUUCGGGCUCCUCGCACGGAUCUUCUAGGGCACCUGGAACAGAAUUGGAUACAAAUACGGCCUGCGCAUAGGAUCCGUACUACAUCAAUAGUUCAUCUAUACCCACUCAAUGUCCGAUACACCCCUCACUGUUGCUCAGUACCAAGUCCAUUCCUCCUCGAUGCAAUACAGCGAAUCGCUGUCGCAAGGAUAGGACUUUCUCCAUCCCGAUCCACCUUUCGCGCCCACAUCACUUCCAGAUGCAUGUGCAGCAUUUGUAUGCGCCGCAGGACCUGGGUCCGCACCCAAUCGCCUGAAAGCCCGGAUGCCAACGAGUAUAGCUAGAAGUAUCACCAUUGAUUAGUAACGUUGCUAAGUACAGGAUUUCGUCCGUUGUGCACAU